GGAUCCUACAUAACCACAGCACUAAAGAUCCCUGUGUUGAACUCGCCUUCUACCGCGGAUAAAAUUGCAGCAUUGGCGGUCUCCACACAGGGCCGAAACAGACGCCAGCCAUGUUUCCCUGUUUGCAGGGCCUUAGCACGGCUAUUUUAUUAUGCGUGCUCAUGAAUCAUGGAGUUUCGUCCCGAGACGUUGCCAUUCACCCCGAUACUGCUGACUUAGCGGAUUUUGUGCAAGAGUUUCAAUGGAGUUUGAGCGAGCUCGAGAUCGAAACGGUUGGUCUUUGUCCAAGCCGACCACUCCCUUCUUCAAGCGACCAAGAAGUUGAGGAUGUUGCGUACGACCUAUCGUCCACGAGUGCUACGAUAAACACCACUGUGGAAUCGCUUUUUCCUAAUGGUUUUCCUGAAGAUUUUGUUUUAUUCGCCACUGUGAAAGUGGAUCCUGACAACACAGCAGACUUGUUCACGAUAAUGGACACCGAGCAAAGUCUAUCUUUUAGUUUGAGCCCUUUGGAGUUUGAAUACAGGCGACGAGGGAAGGCCCCAUUUCGAGUGAGAUUGAACCAAAGCCUAGCUGAUGGGGCGUGGCACAGAGUGGCCAUAGCAGUUAGAAAGAAACACGUGACGCUGUCUUUAGAUUGUGCCGAGCCCAGAGGACAUGUAAGAAGGCCCAGGGGAUUUAGACCUAGUUUUGGUCGAGACAGUGUUGUUCGACUGGAGGAGCAAUUCCAGGGAUCUUUACAACAGCUCAUAGUAGCCCCAGAUGUGUUCAGAGUUCUUUCUUACUGCAAAAUGUUUACUACCGAUUGUGACAAACCUCUGCCAUACGCGCCUUUCCUCAGUGGUGCUGCCCAAGAGCGCCGUGACAGUAACGUGCAGAUCAUCAACAACGUCAGAUAUAUCAAAGGCGAGAGAGGAAUUCCCGGACCUCCGGGUCCUACGGGACCGCAAGGGGCGUUUGGUCAAAAAGGUUACAGUGGGCCUAGAGGUGAUCAGGGAGCAAAGGGACCUCCGGGAUCUCCCGGUACAGCUGGACCCCCCGGCCCUCCAGGGCCCCCUGGUGACGGAAUCUAUGUCAGAUGGAAUAGACUUCAAGGAUCGAAUGAAAAGGGCCCAGGCCCCGUAGCGGGCGGUCUUGUAGUCGAGCCCCCCGCAGUGCCGGGAGAGCCAGGCCCACGGGGACAGCGAGGAGCACGUGGACAACCGGGACGUCCAGGGAACCCCGGUGAGAAGGGAUCCCAGGGAGAUCCAGGAGCCCCGGGCUUACCUGGUAACCAAGGCAACCGAGGUCCACCUGGUAGACCGGGAAAACCGGGUCCCCAAGGACCGGACGGACCAAGAGGUACCCCCGGAGUUAUGGGAGAAAAGGGAGACAGAGGAAUUGAAGGAAUGGCGGGAAUGACGGGCCACAAAGGACCACGGGGUCUACCAGGCAUGCGAGGAGAAAAAGGCGACAAAGGUGAAGCUGGUGAAAGAGGCGAUGGUGGCACACCAGGGCAAGCUGGAAUGCAAGGUGAACGGGGACCCCAAGGAGAACCAGGAGAACGGGGACCGCCAGGGCCGAGAGGAUUGCAGGGAGGUACAGGAGAGCGAGGUCCACCAGGACCCUCUGGAUCACCGGGUCCCCCAGGUGCUAUAGGAAUUCAAGGUGUGCAAGGCAUGAGAGGACCCUCGGGACCUCCUGGUAUUCCAGGUCCCCCAGGGCCUAUGGGACCUAAGGGUGAGGCUGGAAAAGUUGGUAUGCCUGGUUUCCCAGGUACUGAUGGUGUGCCAGGAUACCCUGGCAUUGAAGGACCGCCUGGACCCAAAGGCGACAGAGGUGCACCAGGAGUUAGAGGACCACAAGGCUACCCAGGCCUCCCUGGGCCAAAGGGGAGCAGAGGAAAACGAGGUCCAGAAGGAGAGAAGGGUGAAGAGGGACUAGCUGGAUUUCCUGGUGCAAAAGGUGAUGAGGGGCCAAAAGGAGAAGAUGGUGCCUCAGGAGGAGUUGGUGUGCCAGGAGGUGAAGGACCUGAAGGGCCAAAGGGUCGCAGUGGUAUCCCAGGACCUUCAGGCCCCCCUGGACCUACAGGAGUAAAGGGAGAGAAAGGACCACAGGGAAUGCCUGGGUACCCUGGUGAACCAGGAGAAAAGGGUAAUACGGGUGCAACAGGGGCAAGAGGACGAGAUGGAUCAAAGGGAGUCAGGGGGGAUCCUGGACAACCGGGGCCGCAAGGAGGAAGAGGAUCAAGGGGUCCACGUGGUGCGCGGGGAUCCCCCGGAACUCCUGGAACCAACGGGGCAAAGGGUGCUGCUGGUGAGCCUGGAGUACCUGGUGACCGCGGAAACCCGGGACCUCCGGGACCUCAAGGGGACCGAGGACAGGCAGGACCUCGUGGAUCGAUGGGUAUUCCAGGAAAAGCGGGCCUUCCAGGAUUUCCUGGACCUCGUGGAGAAACGGGACCUCAAGGAAAAAUAGGGCCGCCAGGAUCCCCCGGAAUACCAGGUGGACGGGGUCCUGCAGGUGAAAGGGGAAGCUCAGGAUCUAAAGGAGAACGUGGCCGACCGGGACCCCAAGGAUCCACAGGAGACCCAGGGGAGCCUGGCAAGGAUGGUUCAAAGGGAGAGCCUGGUAAAUCAGGCGCGGACGGUAAGGACGGUGCACAGGGUCAGCCAGGAACACCAGGGCCGAAAGGUGCCAUGGGACCGCCAGGACCCGCUGGACUCAAAGGAGUAGAAGGACCGAUCGGUCCACCAGGAGCACAGGGGCCUCAAGGAAUGCGCGGACCACCCGGACAACCUGGACCCCAGGGUCCUAUAGGGAGGCCAGGUCGCCAAGGACCUCAAGGACCAGCUGGAGAGAAAGGCAGUAGGGGAGAAGAAGGAGCUCGUGGAGAGCCUGGACCCGAGGGGAAAGCUGGACUUCCGGGUAAACCUGGUGAGGAAGGACCAGCAGGCCCCCCUGGAGAGGAGGGUGAGAAGGGUGACCAAGGAACGUCAGGCAUACCAGGGAAGAAAGGAGGACAAGGACCAAAGGGACCUCCAGGCCCCGCCGGACAAACUGGCCUACCGGGAAAAACUGGACCGCCUGGCCCACCCGGUGAGAUUGGACCCCAAGGGGCCACUGGUCCAAGGGGUGAGAAAGGGAGCGACGGAGGACGCGGACCACCCGGGCCUAGUGGAUCUCCGGGAGUUCCGGGCGUUCCUGGACCCAGAGGACUGAAAGGUGAAAGAGGACCCGGUGGUCCACAGGGAUCUACAGGAUUACCAGGUCCUCGCGGCCCACCAGGACCGGCGGGAGCUAAGGGAGACCAAGGUGAACCUGGUGAAACCGGUACUGAUGGGCGACCUGGAGAGAAGGGAGAUCAAGGGCCGAAAGGUGACGCAGGCGCCCCAGGGCAGCAAGGCCCACCGGGCCGAGCUGGUCAAGCGGGAUCAAAAGGCGACCGAGGGGACCCCGGUCCGCAGGGUCCCCCAGGACCACGAGGUCCCGCCGGCGCACCAGGACUCAAAGGACCAGUGGGUGCAUCUGGACCCCCAGGACCUCAGGGCCCACCAGGGCCACAAGGUACUAAGGGAGGUCCUGGUGCAGAGGGAAAGGACGGACAGCCAGGUCCCCCAGGAGCAAGAGGUCCUCCAGGCGCCAGGGGAGAUGAUGGAAACCCCGGCAGUCCGGGUGAGCCGGGAGAGCCUGGGCCUCGUGGAUUCAGUGGAUCUGAUGGCGAUCCUGGUGACAAGGGUGACACUGGUCCACUGGGUCCCCCAGGGGUGGCAGGUCCUCCUGGCCCUCCGGGACCAAGAGGGGACAGGGGACCGGUCGGCGAAAGAGGAACCCCCGGUUCUCCGGGUGAUCCAGGACCGCAAGGAUUGCCGGGACUUCAAGGACCGCGCGGAAACACUGGUCCAAAAGGAGAGAAAGGGUUGCAAGGAUCCCAGGGAGAAAAAGGAGACAAGGGAUGGCCUGGUUUCUUCGGUCCUACGGGAGUUGCUGGCCCAUCUGGUGAUAAGGGUGACGUUGGUCCUCCCGGACCCCAGGGUUUCCCAGGACCCAAAGGUGACAGAGGUGAGGACGGGGACGACGGACCUGCCGGACCACCAGGGCCGUCAGGGCCUAGGGGAAGCACUGGUCUACAGGGUACCAAGGGAGAUAGAGGACCACAAGGAGAAAGGGGUGACCAAGGCACUCAAGGACCUCCAGGCCCACCGGGACCUCCAGGAGACAUCAGUUCAUUCCUAAGCAGUGGCUACUUUGUGCCCGGCCGCGUAGAAGUUGGUGCGGACAAAGGAAACACCAGAAAGAGAAGAUCUGUGGAUUCAACACACGACACAGACUCUCAGGGACUGAUCCAGUCGCUCAAGGAUGAAAUCGAGAGUAUUAAACGACCAAGUGGAACAAAAGCUAACCCUGCACGAAGUUGUAAAGAUCUGCACUUAUGUCAUGGCGACUUGAAAGACGGUUUGUACUGGAUUGAUCCAAACCAUGGCUGUAUCGAAGAUGCUAUUCAAGUGCACUGCAACUUUACUGCUGGCGGACAAACCUGUAUUUCUCCUGAUGUCAACACUAAGCGCGCUGCUAACAAAAAGUGGAAGAAACUCACCGGAUCUGAGUGGUUUAGCGAAUAUGAAGAUGGUUAUGAGAUCUCGUAUACGGGUGUUGGUAAGACGCAAUUGAAUUUCUUGCGGUUACUUAGCGAGAAAGCGACGCAAACAUUCGACCUGACUUGCAAAGGAUCUCAAGGGUGCUUCGACAGUAAGAGUAACGCGCUGGAGAAGGCCAUCAGACUACAAGGAGCUAAUGAUGGCAUCCUUUCUUACAUGAAAAACGAUCCAACCGUCAAGAUUACAAAGGUCCGAACAGACUGGAAAGCAGUUGUUCACGUAGAAACCGAAGACCUCAAUCAAAUGCCCAUAGUGGACUUCGCCCCUGGAGAAUUUCUUACUUCCAAUGAAUUUGGUUUUGAAGUUGGACCUAUUUGUUUUAGUUAGUUCUUGUUGUAACUCAGUGUCUUUCCUCUUUAAAUUAACUCUCGAGUGAAACUAUUAAAUAAGAUGUUCCUCUGAAAGGUAUAUGGUUCUGCGUAGUGUUGUAGUUUUUAUCCUGUUCAAAUAAAAGUCGUCAUAGAAUUUCCUUAGUUUACCAAUGAAACACCAGAGACAAAUAAUCAUAAUAAAGUGUCAUCCGUGUACAAUAUCUGUUAUUAGCGUUUCGUUAAGGCUAAACACAGGAAAAUAUGAAUAAAAAAUGGAGAGAAAGACUCUGGUUGAAACGCGCGGAAUUAUAUUCAGUAGUAAAUGCCUCAUUGGCGCUUGGGUGUUUGUUUUAAAUUCUCGCGUAUUGUUUGAAGUUGCGAGACGAAGAGGAACCUUUGAGGAAAAGAUUUCUAAAAAUGACUAAGUCAGAUUUCAUUAAACUUUGUAAUAUUUUGUUGA